ACCCAAUUCUUGCAACCACAGCCGGUGGAAUUUGCCUACACCAGACGGUGCGUUUGACCAUGGCUAUGAACGGCCAUUUCGCCUCCAUUGGCAAUUCCGCCAGUGAUAGUACAGCAUAUGAGCACGGGGUACAAGUAAUAGAUGAGAACAAGGAAUUUAACCCGAAUCUGGCGCAGUACCUGAGCCUUGAAAAUGUUACUCCCUCCGGCUUCAAUUACCACCUUAUCUCCGUCUUUGGAUCGCAGUCGACAGGUAAAUCUACGCUUCUCAAUCACCUUUUCGGCACGCAUUUCUCUGUCAUGUCAGAGUUGGAGAGACGGCAGACAACAAAGGGAAUCUGGAUGUCAAAAAAUAAAAAUGAGAACCCCACCAUGGCCAGCAACAUCUUAGUUAUGGAUGUGGAGGGUACGGACGGCCGUGAGCGAGGUGAAGACCAGGACUUUGAGCGCAAGAGUGCCCUUUUCGCACUGGCGACCAGUGAGGUUCUUAUUGUGAAUAUCUGGGAACACCAGGUCGGAUUGUACCAGGGCGCGAAUAUGGGGCUUCUAAAGACUGUCUUCGAAGUCAACUUGCAGUUGUUCCUCAAGGAUAAAAAGUACAACCCCCCAGCGCAGUCUCCGGAUCCUUCUCGUGCUAAUAUUUAUUGCAGUACCACCCAUCGAUCGCUUUUGUUUUUCGUCAUUCGUGACUAUUCGGGAAUGACGCCACUCCAGAACUUGCAGAAGACCUUGAUGGAAGAUAUGGCUCGUCUCUGGGACUCGAUAUCUAAGCCUGCUGGCCUGGAGAACUCGAACGCACAUGAUUACUUCGAUUUCCAGUUCUACGGCCUGCCGCACAAAGGAUACCAGCCAGAGAAGUUUGUGGAAGAGACACAGAAGCUCAGUCUUCGUUUCCGCGAUGGCCAGAGGGACCCUAACCUAGAUGCGCGGAAAGGCGAAUUCUCAGAUGGUGGUGUUUUCCUCCCGGAGUAUCACCGGCGUAUCCCUGCGGACGGCGUUUCUAGAUACGCCGAAGGCAUCUGGGAUCAAAUCGUCAACAAUAAGGAUCUAGAUCUGCCCACACAACAAGAGUUGCUUGCGCAGUUAGAUAAACAGUCGCAAGCCGCUCGCCUUGGAGAACCGGAGAUUCUUGGAGGCCUGGGAGCGGCGAUGCGGUCGUCACGCACCAAGGCUGUCAAGGCUUUUGAGACUGAGGCUAGUCGGUACCACAAAGGCGUCUACCAGCGCAAACGGGCAGAGCUCGAAAGCAAAGCUGAUACCCGUUUGAAGGCUCUUUUCCAGGGUCAGCUCAAUGCGGCGCACAAAUCGGGAAUCAGUGAUUUUAGCGAUGCAGUCUCGGCCGCAGUGAAGUCCGGCCAGAAGAAGGGCACCGGGUACGAUUUCGCAGAGAUUGUCAAUGAAGAGGCUAAGAAGGCUGUGGACAAUUUUGAGGAAGUCGCUCGUGCCACCGUGGUGGAUGGCACUUCUUGGAGUGACUAUAAGCAAGAGCUAGCCUUGUAUGAAAAGGAGCUUGCGGAAGUCAGUGCGCGCCUAAGAAGGGACGAGAUGAGACGUCUUGCCAGCCGGGUGGAACGAUGGGUUCAAUCUCGACUGGGCGAAUCUGUUGGGCUUGAGUUCAACGCUCUCGGUUCUGGACGAGCUGGUGGUGGUGCGCCGGAGAAGGGAGAUCAGCCAACGGAAAAGAAAUUCUGGGAUCGCGUGUGGAACGUGUUUGUCGAGACAGUCCUUGAUGCCGAGAGGCGAUUCACAGACCGCGCUAGCAGUUUCGAUGCCAGCCUGGAGGAAGUGGACGUCGGACUCUGGAGACUGCGGAGGAAGUCCUGGGGCGUCCUGCGCGCUAAGAUUGAUGAAGAGAUGAUCGAAGGCAAUCUGCUGUUGAAGUUGCGCGAGAAUUUUGAAGACAAGUUCCGCUACGAUGAUGCUGGUGUUCCCCGGAUUUGGCGCCCGACCGAUGAUAUCGAAGGAUAUACACUCGCGCUCACGUCUGCCCCGCCCCCUCUGGACCGCUGGAUCGGGCACACGCCUAGCUCCGCGACCCCCGCUGACGAGGAAGACCUGCCUCCCAUUGGUGGGGUGGACGAGGAGGAAGGCAAGAGCUUGGAAGAAGAAAUGACUAUUGUCAGUGAUGCCAAGCGACAGGAGCUCACCGUUCGCUUCAAGAAGGCCGCGGAUGGAGUGUAUGUUGAGGCUAAACGGAGCGCCAUUGGAGGCAUGACCCAAGUGCCCUUGUACUUCUACGGCAUCCUCCUCGCACUGGGAUGGAAUGAGAUUAUUGCCGUGCUCCGUAACCCGGCUUACUUCUUCCUCCUUUUCGUCUGUGCUGUCGGAGCUUACAUCACCUACCAGCUUAACCUAUGGGGCCCCAUCAUCAAAAUGACCGAGGCUGCCUCGAACCAAGCAGUAACAGAGGGCAAAAAGCGGCUGCGUGAAUUCCUCGAGUCGUCCGACACCGGGCGACAAGCCAUCGCAAUGUCGACUCCGGGAGGUUCUGGACGUGCGGGUGAGGAGCACGAAAUGUCUCGUCUUGAUAAGCAGGGUAAAUCUGCAGCUGCCGAUCAAGAUGUGGAUGACCUAUCGAUACAUUUCGGCCAAUUGCUCCUUUCAUCAGCAGCCAUGACAAACGGAAUCGACAAUCUACCUGAAAAAUAUGACGAUCUCCCCAACAAGAGACAAUACUGGCCGGCAGCCGCUGGAUCCCCGGAAGAGGGUCUAGGCAUGCUUCGCAUCCUGACGCCGGAGAUCGUAGCGGACGCCGCACGGACACAGAUUCAAACCGGGCUGAGAGUCUGUUUAAAUUGGGAUCUGAAACAGUUGGACACACCAGGAUUCCGCCGAAAGCCUUUCGAACAUCGCAUCAAAUGGGUGGCUCCCGGCAUCGCGUUCGACGAUGAGUAUCAUUUCAACCCACAACAAUCUUCUCAGUGGGAUGGCCUCCGACACCAUAGUGCACCUGCCCCGACGCGUGAGGAUCAAGCUCGCCGCGUAUUCUACGGUGGUACUACAGCGGAAGAAAUCCAGGACUCGAGCUCAUCGCGGAUCGGGAUUGGGUACUGGGCGAAGAAGGGAAUCGCCGGUCGGGGUGUCUUGAUUGACUACUUAUCCUGGGCCGAGAAGAAGGGCAUUACUGUAAAUGGACUCAGCCAGCAUGUGGUACCUCUCGACGACGUGCUGGCCAUCGCACGCGAAUGCAACAUCGAGUUCCAACGCGGAGACAUCUUCUUUCUCCGCGUGGGCCUCACCAAGACCUGGUACUCCAUGAGCGACGCCCAGAAGCAGGAAUACAGCCAGCAAACGGUGCCCAAGCAUGCGGGACUCGAGCAGAGUGAGAACGUGCUCCGGUUUAUGUGGGAUAACCACUUUGCAGCAGUGGCAUCCGAUGCGGUUAGUUUCGAGGUCUUCCCGGCCCUCAACCCCGAGUAUGAUCUGCACCAUCAUAUGCUUGCCGGUUGGGGAGUGCCGAUCGGCGAGAUGUUCGACCUGGAGGAGUUGGCGGAGACGUGCAAGCAACUGGGGCGCUGGACCUUCUUUAUUUCUAGCAGUCCGCUGAAUUGUGCCCAGGGCGUUUCAAGUCCGCCGAAUUGUAUGGCCAUCUUUUAG